CUGGGGGCGGGGCAUCAGGAGCGCGGGCAUCUAACACUAUAGGGUAGCAUUGCAUUCGUUAUCUAGUUAUUACCUCAGAAGGCCGUCUCCCCGGUACAAAAGAGCUGGAGCCUCGUGUGCCAGGGAAAGAAUUGCACGUCACACCAAAAAUGCAGCAUCCACCAGCUACAUUUCAAGACUUUCUCAAAUUAAAACAUUUGAAAGAUUGGCCAGAAAUUCCUUUAGAAGAAGCUCUUUCAGCUCCCAGAUUUUCCUUAAACAUGAUUCAUCAACAGUUUUUUAUAAAUGCUCCAUUUUCUGUAUGUGCUUUUGGAAUCUUGGAGGCAAACAUUGGUAAAAAUAUAGCACUUCUGGAUAAUCAUGCCUCCAAGUUAAUAUGGCUACCAGCUUUGGAUGAUGACAAGCCUUCUUUAUCAAGAGUCUUUCUUACUGAGGCUGAUAUACCUGAACUCUCUCAGAAUGCACAAGAAACUAAUAAGACAUUUACCAGAAUACAUUAUGAAGAAAGGGUGAACUGUGUUGAGAUGUAUCCAGACUACUUGUCGCAAGCCAUAUUCACAGCAUUUUACAGAGCCUUCCCACAGUCUCAUGCACAAUUUAAUGGAGAGAUUAAAACUGAAAUAGUAGACCGUAUUUUCCAGUGGUUCUCUGGUAUAAAGCCAGUGCCUUGUUCCUGGGAAAAAUGGGAUUUAGGUGUCAUUGAUUGCCCAAAUGAUCAAAACUCUCAUGAAAAUAUUAACACCUCUCCAAGUAGCUAUUUAACAGUAUCCUCAGAAGAUUAGGAUGGGAUGACCUUGGCAGCAAUAAUAUUCAAGAAGACUCGGACAUACUGUUGAAUGCAAAUGUAAUAGAACUGUAAAGCCAUGAUAAACUUUAUAGCUAGUAUUUACAGCCCGACUAAUGGCAACUGUAAAAUGAAUAAGUAUUCAUAAACGUUUUCUUUCUAAAACCGUUCUCAUUGACGCAGUAGAACACAUAGAAAAAAAGUGUUACAAAUAAGCAAUGUCUACAUAUGUGUCAUUGGGUUAACUUACUUGGCUAAAGAGCUAUUAUGAUAGAAAUUCUGUAUUAUUCAGCAUAGUGAAAAUCUGGGAACUCUUUUCCAAACAUGCCUUAUGGACAGCAGCAUGUGAACUGAGCUGUCAAGAAUACUCUGCUCACUAUGUUACAGAGAUAUUCACUGAAAAGUAAAUUUCAUUCUGUUACUUAAAGCAGUGUGUCUCCACACUAAACGUAGAACUAAAAAUCUCUGAAAGUCCAGAAGACUACUUAUUCUUUAAACAA